AUGUCGGACUCAGGUGACGAAAAUGCUUUGCGUGAAGCCAAUUUACGUCUUUGUCGAAUAUGUGCAUGGCAUAAUUAUACUGGACUUGGUUUUAGUAUCGAUCGUUCGCCACAACCUCCUCAUCUUGUUCAACUUGUUGAAUCGAAUAGUCCAGCAAGUGCUGGUGGCCUCAGAUUUCGUGAUGUUAUUCUUGCUGUUAAUAAUAAAGAUGUAUCUAAGUGCGCAUAUACGGAAUUAACAAGUAUGGUAAAGAAUGCACGAGAUAAUAAUGCUCGCAUUGAAUUACUUGUUGUUGAACAACGUUUUUAUGAUCAAUUAAAAAAAAACGGUAUCUCAAUCAAUUCGAGAUUCGCUAAAAUAAUUGACACACCAAAACAAAUGCCACGUGAUUACAAAGAUUUUCCUAAAAAUACACCACGUACAUGUAAAAUACGUUCAAAUAGAACUGAUAAACCAUUUGGUUUUACUAUUGGUUUUGGUAAUAAUGAUAUUGGCGCAUAUAUUCAAGAUAUAAUUCCGAAAUCACCAGCUAGUGAAACACCAUUACGUAAAAGUGAUCGAAUUCUUGAAAUUAAUGAUAAAUUUGUUGAUAAUGAAUCAAGCGAAACUAUACAAGAAAAAUUGAGUAGAGCACAAUUAAAAUCUUCCGUGAAAUUAUAUGUUGUUGAUACACAUACAUAUGCACAUUUUCAAAAAGAAAAUAUACCAUUACAAUCAAAAAAAUUUCAAAAAAGUCCAUUUGCAAUAAACACGCCAACAGGUUCGUAUGGGAAUAUAGCAGAUAGUUCUUCUGAAAAGAAUGAUGCAUAUGAUGAUACAACAACAACAUUAUCUCCUCCAUUACCUCCAUAUGAUCAACAACCAUCAAACACAUACUACAAUGUCAAUGCGCAAAGACGACAUUCAGAUGAUAUUCGUUUAUGUACUAUUACUCGUGCUGAUGAAACAGAUAAAUGGGGUUUUCAACUUACUAAUGAUAAAGAUGGUCAUUACCAUUUAUUAAAAAUUCUACCGAAUGAUGAUAAUCGACAAUCAAAUGCUGAACUUGCUGGUGUUAAAUCUGAAGAUCAUUUAAUUGAAAUAAAUGGUGAAAAUGUUGAAAAGAUGAAUCAUGCUGAAGUAAAACAACUUGUACGUGAUAUUAAACAUCCUCAAAAAUUAAAAGUAUUAGUUGCCGAUGCUGAAACAUUUAAUUAUUAUAAACAACAAAAUAAAUUAAUUCAUAAUAAACUUCUAAGUGUCAAAUAUCUACCAAGCGAUGAAACUGAUCAAUCUUCAUCAUCAGUUUCUUCAGUUCGUGAUGUUAUUCCAAAACUAGUUAAAAAUUUUAUACAACCACCAGUUCCGAAAUCAUCAAAAGAUGGUCUAACAAAAUUAGUAGAAUCUACUCCAAUAGUACCAAUCACUCCAAAAUUAAAUUCACAAUCAAAUCGACGAAAUUAUGAACUUCGACCUGAUCCAGAUUUUCCAGGUUUUGGUUUUCGUGUUACUUCAAUUGGAACUGAUAUUGUUAAACAUAAAAUUGUUGAAAUCCUGCCAAAUUCACCUGCUGAACAGCAAGGUCUUCCUGUUAAUUAUAAUAUUAUAGCUAUUAAUAAUCAAAAUGUUGAAGAUAUGAGUGCAGCUGAGUUUAAAAAAUAUCUAAAUACUUCAUCUAGAUAUGCACAAGAAAAUGAUAAGCCGUUAUUAUUAGAAGUUAUCGGUGAUAAAUCUUCUCUACGAAAUCCAUCAGUUUCUUCAACCUCUACGUCAACACCGUCAACUAGUACCGACGAAGAUUAUCCAACUAUGCGUUGUUGUGUUAUUAAAUCUUGGCCAAAAUAUCCACAGCUUGGUUUUAAAAUAAUUCAAUCACGAAAUAAAUUUAGUAGAAAUGGUGGAUAUCAAAUACAACAACUUGAAACAAAUUCACCAGCUGCUCAUACACAUAUUUUCAAUGAUGAUUAUAUAAUUCAAGUAAACGGUGUCAAUAUUGAAAACGAAGAUUAUCAAUAUGUACAAGACCUUAUCCAUGAUAAAUAUCGAAAAGAUCAACAGAUUGAAUUACUGGUUAUUGAUGAUAGUGGUUAUCGAUGGUACAAAAAUCGUCCAUAUCCCAUUGACCCAUCAGCAAAAAAAGCCAAUGUUGAUCGAUAUAAAACACCGGAUACUCCACCUAUGGAUACACCGAAAACUACAAAUAAUAUACAACCAGGUUUUAGACCUAUUAACAAUCUUCAGGGUGGAACACACAAACCAAUUGAACCACGUACUAAUGGUUAUGAUUCACCAUUAGAUAACCCAUAUUCUCGUGUAGAAAAGAAUCCAAAUGUAGUGCCAUCGUUAUAUUCUUCACAGGAUCAUUUAUCACGUGGAACAGUUGAUAUUGUAUCUGAAAAACGUCUGCUUCGUUUGUGUCGUGUAAAAAGAGAACCUGGUCCAUUAGGUUUUGAUAUAAAACCUAAUGGUAAUCAACAUAUUAUUUAUAAAGUUCAACCAAAUUCACCAGCUGCUCGAGCUGGUUUACAUGAAAAUGAUCGUUUAAUUGAAGUAAAUGAUGAAAAUGUAUUAAACAAACCAUUGCAAGUUGUGAACGGUUUAAUUAAAAAUAUUUAUCAAAAUGAAGAUUUACGAUUACUUAUUGCACCAAAGAGUGUAAAACCAUUAACAAAACGUUCAGCUAAAUCAUUACUCACAUUAAAUGAUGAUCCUCAUUAUCAAAAUAGAACUUUCUAUUCAAUAUAUGAUGAACAAAAACCACUAUCAUCAACAAAUACAUAUCAAUCAGUAUUAGGUCUUCAUGGUGAAUUCAAUAAACGUGAUCAAUUGUAUCCUAUAAAUGAUUUUAGUUCUGGAUUAUUUGAACCUACAGAUCCAUGGCAACGUAAAUGUGUACUUCUUCGAGAUUCAUCUUUUCGUGGAUGUGGUUUUCGACUAACUGAACGACAAAACUGUGACACACCCAUUGUUGUUGAAGUAUCUCCAAAUAGUCCAGCUAAACAAAGUGGUUUAACUGAAGGUGAUCAUGUAAUCUAUAUUGAAUCACAAAAUAUUCAAAAUUUUCGUUCAUUUCACGAUAUAAUUGAUAUAGUUCAUCGUACAUUUGAAGAGAAUGGUCAAAUUACACUUAUUGUGUUAACAGGUCCAGGUUAUCGAGUAUUAAAACGACAUGGUGGUUAUUUAGAUAGUAAAGUAUUUAAUUAUCAACAAUCACAAGUUGAUCAAAUAAGACCACGUUUAUGUAAAUUAAAAUUAUAUAAUUUUGAAUAUGAUUUUGGUUUUACAUUAAAACGUAAUAAAGUAUUAUAUAUUAAAUCUAUUGAACAAGGUUCAUCAGCUGAUGUAUAUGAUAUAAAAGAAGGUGAUGUUGUACUUGAAUUAAAUGGUCUAGAUAUAAAAUAUUUAUCAAUGAAUAAAAUAUAUGAAAUUAUUGAAAUAAGUAAACAAGAACGAAAAUUAGAUAUUUUAGUUAUUGAUAUGAAUGGUUAUGAAUUUUCAAUGAAUCAUGCUAUUCCACUUAAUUCAAAUUUAUCUUUUGUUCAAAUAAGAGAAGAAUCAACUGCAAUCAUCGAUAGCCGUACUCAAAAUAAUCCAGUUUAUUUAUAA